GCUCGCGAUUGCUCAGCCUCUCAGACUACAGACUUGGGCUGAGUCCAUGCCAGUUCUGUUUUUGACUUGACAUGAGUCCUGCCUUCUUCUUGCUUGGGCUGCUUUGCGUGGACACUUCAGCACUUGCGUUAAGGGAAAUAAACCAGCACUGGGUUCUUUUUUUUGUGUCUUUUUGUGUCUCUUGAUUGAGAGACAGACCCUUAUUAUUGAACAGGCUAUUGGAACUACAACAGACAGCCAGCAUGUCCAGGUGCAGAAGGCAAGUGAGUGAAGACCCAGACAUUGAUAAUCUUCUGGCCGACCUCUCCCCCGAGGAGAUGAAGGAGCUGGAGAAGGAGCUGGAUGUGGAGGACCCAGACAACAAAGUGCCUGUGGGUUUGAGGCAGAGAAACCAGACCGACAAACACCCCUCAAAAUACUACAACCGAGGAGCGAUGCUGGACUACUGUGAGCGAGAAACCAAGAAGCUGAUUGAGAGAGAGCUGUCCGUCGAGCAGGGAGAGGAAGAACCAGACAGCAGGGAAUCCAAAGACAGCAAGCAGGAAAAGCCAGCGGAGUGCGAGCCGGGGAAAGACAACAGGAAAGAGGAUCGGCUGAGAAGAAUGGACCGGAGCCGUGAGGAGAGGAGCAUCCGAUCAUCCAGCAAGGAGGCGGAGGAGAAGAGCCGGCAGGGCACAGAGAAACCAGAGAAGGACAGCAAGACAGGGAAGGAGGAAAGAACAGCGACGAAAGAGGACAAGAAAGACACCGAUGAGGAACAGAAGCGCGUGGAAUCCAAAAGCAGAGACGAGUCCAGCACCAAAACCUCCAAGUCAGAAAACUGCCCUGCUGAAGACGUGACGGACAGCCCUGUAAGCAAACUGAAAGAGGAGGAAGAGGAGGAGAAGAAGGAGGAGGAGGAGGAGGCUGCCCCCAGCAUCUAUGAUGAAACCCUGGAGAAAAUCCAGAACAACGACCCCGAGCUGACCGAACUCAACGUGAACAACUGUGAAGUGAUAAAGACGGACAUGCUGAUCCGCUUCUCCGAGGCCCUGAAGACCAACACCUUUGUGAAGGUCUUUGCCUUGGCAAACACUCGGGCCGACGACCACGUCGCCAUCGCCAUCGGCGCCAUGCUGAGGACUAACAAAACCAUCAAGAGCGUCAAUCUCGAUUCCAAUCAUCUCACCAGCAAGGGCAUCUCCGCCGUCAUCCGAGCCCUGCAGUCCAACUCCACUCUCACAGAGCUGCGAUUCCACAACCAGAGGCACAUCUGCGGAGGCAAGACGGAGAUGGAGAUGGCCAAGAUCCUGAAGGAGAACUCCACCCUGCUGAAGCUGGGCUACCACUUCGAGCUGGCUGGUCCUCGAAUGACCAUGACCAACAUCUUGAGCAGGAACAUUGACAAGCAGAGGCAGAAGCGACUCCUGGAGCAGAAGCUGGCCCAGGGAGAGGGGGAGAAGAAGGGCUCUCUAGAGGUCCCCAAGGUGGAAGGCUUUAACAAGAGCUCCCCCAGGCCAUCCCCGAAGAGCUCCCCUCGAUCUUCCCCCUGGUCCUCUCCAAAGGUCACCUCUACGAGUUUCUACCCUCCUCCUCAAUUGAGAGGAGGUGGGGUGGGGGGGUCGUGGGCGGAGCUAUGCCCCCCCAUGGUUUUACCCCCGCUCAACGGGGAGAACCCGAGGAACUCCCUGAGCCCCAUCUCUGAGAGGAAGCUGGAUGGGUGCUCCCCACCCCCUGCUCAGGAGAAGAACAAGCGCGACCAGCUGCUGGCCUCUAUUCGCUGCAACAAUAAGAAGGGUCUUAAAAAGGUUGAGGUACCGAAGCUAUUGCUAUAAGGACAGGACAUCUCAGUGACCUUGAGGAGAUUGCAACCCUCAAUUCAUCUUCAUGACUCUUCCAACUAGACACCAGGAUGCAGUCUCGCCACUUCAGAAAUGCAAGGGUCUUUGUUCACACGUUUCACUGCACUCGAGAACUUUGAUCUGACUUGACGGCUGGUCUCAGCCUGGUGUUGGCUGACUGCGGUGGAUUCAGCAGAGAGAUUCAAUUGAAAGCCUGUUGUAUUGUUAGUCUGUUAGGCAUUGUAGUGUAAGCACUUGUCUCUUCUUGGCUUUGUGUGUGGGUUAUAUACCACAAUAUGUCAGUGGAAGGCUGUUGAAAUGUAUGGGAUGGGGUGCAGUCUGUCUGGAAGUAUAGUAUUCAGCAGAAUGCUGAGAAUAUUCCAAAGGUUUUAAACAUUUUAGAAGGUGGGAAAGAAUUGUUUUUAAUGUGUGAACUUGUGGGAUUGGGUAAUCAUUUGGGAGGCUGUGUUUUAGAAUAUUAAGUGGGUAAUAUUAAGCCAAAUAGAAAUACCUUUUUCUUACAGUUGAAAUGUCUUAUGUACAGAACACAUAACAAGGCGUUACCAGUCCUCUAGUUUUGUACCGUUUGCUUUCUUUAUCCUUCUCAUCAGAUGUCUUGUAUAUUAAACUCUUUUAUAUGCAUUUGACGAGCGGGCGAUGAUGUAUUCAGGGAGAGUGGUCUGAAUGGGUACAAAUGAGCGCUCCAGGUAACAGACAGGGAGCUCAGCAAUAGCUUUCACUGCGCCCAGCAGCAGCAGCAGCAGCAGCGCGGCACGGAGCGGCACGGAGCGGCACAGCUCUGCAAACAUCCCAUCACCGCUCUUCCAGCUGCUGCGCUGCAGAGACAACGCGUGCGUUUAUAGAAACGCGUGUGCAAUAAAGGAGUGACACGCUUCCUUUCAUUAGAAACAGAUUCUCGGAUAUUCCGAAUCUGCUCUUUCUGUGUACAUCGUUAUACCCCAAUCAGUGAAGUGGUAGUGUUUU